CUCAAAUCGCACACUAGUGCCAUCAGCGUUAUAUGUUCCGUCAGCGUGUGUUACAAGGAGGUUUUACUUGCUCUGUGGAACAGUGGAACAUGGCGAGCUGGUGUGUGCGAGCGAUGAGACAAAGCUACUCACUUGUAGCUUCACCUGUGCUAAUAAGAGUGUCUCCACGAUUGUUAUGCACAGCAACCCAGCAGAAGAAUGGCCAUGGUUCAGAUGAGGAGGCUGAGAAGCCAGAGCAGAGUGCAGCAGAGAAACUCCUGGUGGAGGAGAAGGCCCAGCUGGAAGAAGAGCUCAAGGAAAUGACAGAAAAAUACAAGCGGGCCUUAGCAGACACAGAGAACCUUCGGACAAGGAGUCAGAAGAUGAUAGAAGAUGCUAAACUAUACGGGAUCCAGGGCUUCUGUAAGGACCUGCUAGAGGUGGCAGACAUCUUGGAGAAGGCCACAGAGAGCGUGCCCAAGGAGGAGGUGACAAGCCAGAACCCUCAUCUGAAGAACCUGUAUGAUGGCCUGGUGAUGACCGAGGUCCAGAUCCAGAAGGUCUUCACCAAACACGGCCUGGUCAAGCUCAAUCCAGACGGCCAGAAGUUCGACCCCUACGAGCAUGAGGCCCUCUUCCAAGCCCCUGUGGAGGGCAAGGAGCCUGGCACUGUCGCCGUAGUAACCAAAGUUGGCUACAAACUUCACGGUCGCACCCUCAGGCCAGCCUUGGUGGGUGUGGCCAAAGCCCCCUAGAAGUGACGAUCUAACUGACAACGUAGGCUUCUCUUGAGUGAGGGAUGACCUAAGGUACAGCACACUGGUCGAAAGUUAGAGAUGGGAUCAAACUGAACCAAAUGUUGUAUCGGAACAAUGUCUCCCAGCUUUUACCUGAUACAUUUACACUUAUACUUUGUCUGGCACAGGAAAGCCGAUACAGUAGAAUUUCAGCUUGUCAUCAGUCCUGUGAGUUAUUCCUCAGUCCAGUUAUUGUCAGACAUUGUCAAAAACAAAACUUGACCAAAUCAAAGGCUUUCAUGUUUCCUCCCACAACCAUACAUUUUAACUGGAAAGGUGCACAGAGUGUUUAAAAGAUGAUAAUUAACCCUUCUAAUGAAGAGACUUGUUGGGCUGAGCUAUGAUGUACAAUCCAUCUACAAAUUGAGUGAUGCUCUCUUCACGGACGGUGAGCCAUCCUCCGUUAUUUCCUUCACCAAAACUUGGCUCAGUGGAACCUGACAAUAAUGCAACAACUUUAUCUACAAACACUUAGAAUAAUUCUGUUUAUGGACCUUUGUCCAAACUGUCACAGUAUCACAAUAAAUGGAUGGACUAUGA